AUGAUCUUUAUUGGAAAUACUAGCAGUAGAAACAAUAGCAACUCUACUCCUAUGGUUAACACAACAAACAUCAUGAACGACGACAAUAUUUUAGAAGUUCACAUGAAUGAAUUAUUGAUGGAGAACAACGAAGACAUUUUCAUGUUAUUAUUAACGUUGAAAUGUUCCAACCUGAAAAUUCGACAAGAGUUGAGAGAUGACAAGUUCCAUUUAGAGGAGACUGAACAAUUGUUAAUGAAAUCACAUACACCUGCAGAUAUUGUUUGUGUGAUUGACAAGAGUGGUUCGAUGAGUGGUGAGAAAAUGACACUUGUCAAAGAUACUUUGGAUUUUGUCAUUGGAGCUUUAGGACCCAAAGACAGAUUGUCCAUUGUUUCAUUCGAUGAUGAGUUCUUCACUAAUUUAAAAUUGACUUUUAUGAACAUGGAUGGAAGGAGACGAGGAUCCAUUUCCGUUGAAAAUAUGAGAACUGGUGGAAGUACUUUCCUCUCUGGUGGUUUACUGAGAGGUAUUGAAGAAAUGAAUGCCAUUCCUAAACGUAUCAGAAAUCCUUCACGAGCUCUCUUAUUGUUUACAGAUGGAAUGGCAAAUAAGGGAAUUACUAAUACUUCUCAUCUCAUUCAAGCCAUUCGAGAUCCAACUAAAGAUUAUUCUAUUCAUACCUUUGGAUAUGGUUCAGAACAUGAUGCAAUCAUGCUCUCAGCUCUUGCAGAAGAAGGAAAUGGAAUGUAUUAUUAUGUGAAGGAUCAAUCGUCCAUUUCGAAGUGUAUGGUGGACUGCAUUGGUGGAAUUUUGACAUGUCAAAAAAGGAAUGUGAAACUAAGUUUGAGUGGUGAUAGCAAUGUACAGUUUGUUCAAGUUUUCGGACCUCAUGCAACUCCACAAGGAGACAAUACUUUUACAAUAUUUUACAAUGAUUUACAAAUGGAAGAGGAGAAGCAUAUUAUGAUCAAAGCCAAACGUCAAAUGCCAAAUUCUCAAUACGUGGGCCCUUUAAAGAUCAGAAUACAAUUAAGCAUGAAUAAUAUUCAAAAUAAUUGUGAAAUGGAGACAUUCGAACAGAUUGUACAAGUAGAAAAAUCUACUCUCAACUCGAAUUGGAAAUCCAAGUUGAACUGCCACUUGUCAAGACAAUAUGCAGUCCAAGCAUUGAAAGAAGCAACAGAGAAAUUACAAGAUCAUUCCAUGAACGUUGCUUACAAUAUUUUGAAGAAUGGUCUCGAACAAAUUCAUCAAUGCGUGAUUGAAAUGGAUCAUUCUCUCAAUUCUCCCAAUGAUGCUUUGACACUUUACAUUUUUCACACCUUACAAAAUAUUCUUGCAGAGUGUGAAAACCAUUCGAUUCCGUCUUCCAAUAUAUUAAGCAAGAUGAACUCACUCUAUUACGAGUUAUUGUAUGAAAGGUCAGUCAGUGAUCCGAGUGUGAUGGAUCAAUCAUCCUCUUCGACUCAUCCUUCAACUGUCAUUCAUCAAACUCUCCCUCGCAAAUUCUAUGCCUAUCGAAUGGCCAAUCGAAUCAAAUUCAUGAAGUGCCAUAAUUGUGGAAGUAACCAACAUUUUGCAAGAAAUUGCACUCGGGCAGAGAUGUGUCACAAUUGCAAACAAAUUGGACAUUUGGUCAAUCAAUGCCCAUUUCCACCAAAGUGUCAUCAUUGUGGAAGCACUGAACACUUGUCUAGACAAUGCACUGAAAUGAUUUGUUUUAAAUGCAAACAAUCUGGACAUCGAGCGAAUGAAUGUCCAAUGACGCAAUUUCAAGGAGGAAACAGCAAGUCAAGAUUUGGGAAGGACAAUGACAGAAAGAAGCAUCAUGGAAAUUAUCCAAAAAACAAGCAUUAA